CAGGAAUCACGUUGCAUGUGGACGUUUUAAAAGGAAAGAAUGACCAUCACAGAGCGGAAUCAGCAUUCAAAGCCCUUGCGAUAGCCUUGAAGCAGGCGAUCGAACGAACUGGAACAAAUGAUAUUCCGAGCACAAAGG